AUGACACUCACGCAAUACAUCUUUACCGCCUUCAGCUUUCUUCGACCCUGGUCGAGCAGCGAUGAUGCCCUCGGGGCGAUCCCGCGUAUAUAUCGAUACGUUGUCGACACAUGGAUCCGGAGGCCGGUGGCUCCUUUGAUCUCGGUUACGCUUCUCGCUGCGCUCACUCUGCGCCUCGUCAGGAUGGCGUAUUUCUUGCCGCCCAAGGUGUCGGAUGCUGCUCUUGGGCAGGCUUCUUCUGGGCCUCAGGCACUUCUUCCUCCUGCUCCUAAGGAACAGCAGCGUACCAUCACAGGUGCACCACAGGAUACCCUCACAAGUGCACAGACGGAGCGUCGACGGUCUACCUCUCUUAGAGGGUGGGUGAAGAACAUGUUUCCCAGUCAGCGACCUGAACGCGGCGGCACCAGCAGAGAACAGGGAUACUGGGAGCAAAAGGAAAAGGAAGGGAAGCAACGGCCUCGACGGCGCAUGACGGAUAGCCAGUAUAGCGUUGGGGAUAUUUCGGUGGACUCGAGCCAUAUCACUCGCUGGAACGUGCCGAGGGAUAUCUCAAGAGAUCAACCCAGUGAUUUGCCUGAACAGCCACUGAGUGUUGUGCCUGUUACCUCGAAGCCCUCAUCGCCGCCCAAGGAUGUUCUGCCGGACAGAAGCUGGAGUUGGAGCCCUCAUAAUGGCUCUGAAGAGCAGAUUUCUGUGACAAAAGUAGGAGGGGUUUUGCAGAGAAACUAUGACCAAAGCAACGAUCAAAGGAGGAGCAGCUUGGGUAUACAAACAGAGACUGCAGCAGAAGGGAAACAGCCUCUCGGACAAGAUUUACUUCGACGAGCGAGAAGCAAGGCUCGGCAGCGUGAACGACGGAGCUUAAGAGAGAGUGGCGAUUAUCUCGGCGUGCAAGGCGUCAAUCCCCAUACUGGAGAGCUAGACGUUAUGAGUCCCUCUGGUAGCAGUGCUGGAAGCCCAGUAAGUCAUCACGAGACGCCACGCCGCAUCUUGAGGACAUGGCAUAAUGUCUUGAAGAGCCACAAGUCAAGAGACUCGCCCAGUAGAGACGAUGCAGGUAUUGAGCACGAGGAUCAUAGGGUUGCCAGGUCACUGAGGGGGAAGAAAAAAGUGAGAGAGCUGAACAAAGCCGUCAGAUGGAUGAGACGGGGACAGUCUUCGCUGCAGGAGCCAGACUUGAGCCCCAUUGCUCAGUCUUUGAAAAGUGUAUCUCUGAGUUCUCGGAGACCUUCUCACGUUCAACAUCUCCCCCAGGCGAUCCAGCAACCAACAGCAAUUUCCACUGGCGAACCGCCGCUGGAUAUCGAUUCCUCUCAUGCCCAUCCUCCCGAAGUCGAUGCAUCUGACAACUACAUCGCUACUUCAUCGCCACCGGAAUUUCUUGAGGGCGGAUCAGCCCUUGACGACUCUGGCUCCCAAAUGAGUUCCAGCCCAACAACUCCAUCCGAAGACAAGUCUUUUUUAGACAUGGAAGCCGAAAGGGACGUCAAGAAAUCGUGCACGGAGACGAGCAAGGCCACCCUUUCGGCAAGUCACCUUACCCAGUCGACCCCAGCUUUUGGCCGGGGAUUCGAGCGCCGGUUCAGUCUCCCAGGAAUGAUGAGCAUGGCACCAUCCAGCCUAGAUUUGCACCCGAGCAUGUUCAGAGAGCCACCUCGUUUGACCCGUCGCGAAGGAAGCCCGUUGCAGGCAAUGCCCAUGCCACGAUCUACAGAGAGUCGCAUUCGUUCAAGGGACAUGAGAAAGCGAUGGGACGACCAUCUGAGGCUAUCCCGCAUGAAAGCACAAGCAUCAGCCGGCCCGCUGCAGCGAGAGUCACUCACGAUGAGGCGUCCUGCAGGCUCCCGCCACCGGCAUCGACGGCUCACCAAGAUGGCAAUAGAACGGGACAUGCUACAAUUGAAAGAGGGGGUAGCAAAGGUGGACAAGCAGCGGCUGGAGCAACCUCAUCACUCUCACAACCAACCCGUGAUGGAACACGAGCAGACGAGCAACGUCUUGCGCGAAAUCAGGUACCAAGCCCCCGAGAUCGUGGAAUCUGCCAGCAUACCCACCAUCACCAUUACUGGCUACAACCACCAAACGUUUCACUCCGCCUUUCUCCCGGACGGGUCGAUGAACCCAGACUUUCUCCUUCCACUGAGCCCAACUCAACAAGACGAAUCGAUUUACAGUGCGCUGGCAGUGACCUCGUUCGAGAACAGCUUGGACGGGUUUCAUUCAGACCCGUCCAUGAGCUCCAAGCAGAAUCCAACCUCAUCAGCAGAGGCCGAAAUGGGAGGCGAACCACAAGCAGGCACUACAUCUCUGGGGCUGGAGGCUCACAAGAUGCAGCUGGCAGAGGGCCACUGGCAAGACAGACGUACAGCGAAGGCUACGAUGCCAGCUCCGGAAGACGACUCGUUGCGCAAAUCAACAUUUACACAGGGCCAGAUGUUGCAGGAUAUGAACCAAUGCAAGAACCCAUCAGCGGCGAAUCAAGAAAUGCAACAGUUGGUAACGGAGAAAGAGGCAAAUCCAGUAGAUCACCAAACGCAGAUACACAACCCCCCAGAGGAGCAUCGAGUCUACCAAGAGCACCAAGACGAAGACGGCACCGAAAGUCUUUUGCCAAAGGAGGCCAACACUGAUGAAGCCAAGGUUCCGAAUGCAAAGCCAGAAGGAAACGGUCAUAAUGAAUUAGAGGAUGAGGAGGGCGAAGAGCUCACUCCGUUGCAACAAUUCCUGCGAUAUCUGAAGAUUUGGAUCCGGCUAUACUGGGCGACUAUAUGGCCAAUACUCGAUCCACGAACGAUGGGAGUCGCGCAUGACGGACCAAUGCCUUGGUGGGAGGCCCUUCUGUUGAUAGCACUCACAGUACCGGCUGCGGCUCUGGUGUAUGUGGUGGUUGUCCAGGGGACGAGGAUUGUCAUGUUCAUGGCCUGGCUGCUGGAGUUUGUGGAUGAUGAAUCGGCGAUCUGAGCUUGGAGAUGGGCUUGUGUGGUCGAUAUGCUGGUUGAAAGGCAUAUGGAGGCUGUACAGAUUGCUUGGAUUCGUCUAGGGUGGUGGUUCGGGGUAGUUUCGGCCGGAGAAGCAGCGAGGGCAUUUUUCUUAGCCAU